AUGGUUUACCAGAAGAUUAAGAUGAUACAUGUUUUCAUUAUUAUUCUUGUGGUUUCUUGCUUAUGUUUGAUCAUAUCUAAGAUGAAUUCAACAGAAAUCUGCAUUUUUUGCAUAAGAAAAGAAGGCCCAAUAUUUUUCAAGAAAUAUGGUGGGAACUUUCUUCAGCUCCCAGAUAUAGACUGCAGAAAGAAUCCUCCAUUUUUGGUUGUGAUGGUGACUUCAUCCCACAAUCAGAUUAAAGCACGGAUGGCUAUCCGUGAGACCUGGGGAAAAGAAAGAAUUGUACAAGGUAAACGAAUAAUAACAUACUUUCUGCUAGGAAUCACAAAUUCAAAGGACGAUAAUGUGGUGACACAAGAAAGCCAGAAAUACAGAGAUAUUAUCCAGAAAGACUUUUUAGAUGUAUAUUUCAAUUUGACUCUUAAAACAAUGAUGGGCAUAGAAUGGGUUCACCAUUUUUGUCCUCAAUCUGACUUUGUGAUGAAGACUGAUUCUGACAUGUUUGUAAAUGUCUACUAUCUAACUGAUCUCCUUAUAAGGAAAAACAGAACAACUAGGUUUUUUACUGGUUUUUUAAAGACGAAUGAAUUUCCAAUUAGGAAAAUAUUUAAUAAGUGGUAUGUAAGUUACUAUGAAUACCCAUGGGAAAAAUAUCCACCUUUUUGUUCUGGAACGGGUUAUGUUUUUUCUAGUGACAUUGCAAGUGAGGUUUAUAAUGUUUCAGAAAAAGUUCCGUUUAUUAAACUGGAGGAUGUUUUCAUGGGACUCUGCCUUGCAGAACUAAAAAUUCAUCUAGAAGAACUACACUCAGAACAGACUUUUUUCCCAGAUGGGCUUAAGUUUUCUACCUGUCGCUUUAAGAAAAUUGUGACCUGCCAUUUUGUCAAGCCAAAAAAUCUGCUGAUAUAUUGGAAAGCUUUGGAGAGGUCCUUAGAUGAAAAGUGUCCAGCUGUUUGA